AUGGAAAAUAGUGAACUCGAUAUUCAAGCAUCUAUAGGCUUCCAGAGUAAUAUUUUACAUUCUGAAUUCUAACGUAUUAAAGGCUAAUUCAAAGACUGCUUUAAAAUUCAUCCCUCAAAUGAUUUUUGCAUCUAUGCCAUUGGCUCUCAAGUAGUGAUUAAAAGUCUACUAGUAGACAACUCCUAUCAGUAUCUCAAGGGUCAUGAUGGGAAAGUAAACAUUAUAACCAUUUCAUAAUCGGGAAAACUACUGGCAACAGGAGAGGAAUUGAACGACAAGGGAUUCUAAGCAGCUUUAAUAGUGUGGAAUUUCUAUGAUAAAGAGAUGCUUUACAGAGUCAAGUUUCACAAGCAGAUGGUUUUAGGUCUUUCAUUCUCAUGCAACGAUCAAUACUUGGUAUCACUGGGAGGAAAAAUAGAUGGGAACUAGAUUGUAGUAUGGAAUAUGGAGGAAGGCAAAAGUGAGUGUCUUUAGUCUGCUUCAACUUAAGCUUCUGAGUCAUGCCAAGAUAUAAAAUUUCUCAAUAACAAUCCAUUCAAGUUCAUAACUGCUCAUAAUAAUGCAGUUAAGUUCUGGACUUUUGAUCCAAAUAAACAUAAAUUUACAGUAGUUGACUGCUAACUUGGGCAUAUCAAGAGAUUUGUUAACUGCAUCACAAUUGACAACACUGACACCUUUGCCUACUGCGGGACAAGGUCAGGUGACUUAAUAGAAAUAUUUAUUGAGAAAGCUACUUUUAAAAGAAUGGGUCCUCUCAACAGAAUGUUCAUUGGCGGAAUAAACUCAAUCUUAGCAACUCAGUUAUCUUUUAUUCUUAUAGGAGCAGGUGAUGGCACAAUAGCUAAAAUUAACAAAAAGACUAUGAAAAUUGAAGAAGGAUUCAUUGGCAAGACAAGAAUUUUACUAGAGCUCUCAUUAUUUGCCAAUCAGACAAAUUGUAUUUCCUUAGUAAAGAAACUAUAACUCUUAAUCAAAUUUAGAGGUUUUUCUGAAGUAUUUGCAACAUGUGCUGGAGGGGAAAUAAGAGUGUGGAAAGUCAAAACUUAGCAAGAAUUACUUAGGAUAGAGUUAGCAAAGACAGAUUUAAAUAUUAAGCAUGAGUGCAAUACAAUGGAAUUUAUGAGUGAUGGGAAAAGUAUUAUCACUGGUUGGACUGAUGGAAAAAUAAGAGCUUUUCUGCCAUAAUCAGGAAAACUUCUGUAUGUAAUUAAUGAUGCUCAUAAAACUAAUGAAGUCUCAUCUCUAGCAACUAGUGUUGACUGUACCAAAAUAGUAUCUGGGGGGAAUGAUGGAGAAGUAAGACUCUGGCACAUAGGUAGAUAGGUCUAAAAACUCUUGAUGAAUUAGAAAUAGCAUAGCAAGAAAAUUACUUGCAUAACAAUGCUCUUGAAUGAUCAAUAAGUGGCUUCAGCAUCACUAGAUGGGAAUAUCAUUAUUUGGGAUCUGAUGAGUAAAAUUCCUCUAUCAAAGUUGAAAGUGUUAUCAUCAGCUAAUGCAAUAGAGAGCGAAAAUAUCUAAAGAGGUAUAUUAAGCAUGGCCUAUAACUAUUAGCAUCAUGUGCUAAUGAGUUGUGGGCAAGAUCGAAGAAUAACUUUUUGGGACAUGAAUCAGAGUAAGGCCUACAGAAUAAUUCAAGCAUCUUAUGAUGGCGACUUAAAUCAGAUAUCUUUAAGUUUCAAUAACUAGCAAGUUGCUGUAGCUGACGAUAACGGAGAAGUUAAAGUCUUUGGAUUUGGAGAUGGAAAACUAAUAUAUCUCAAUAACAGUCAUUCUUAUCCAGUCACAUCUAUUAAAAUAUCGCCCGAUUCGAAAACUAUGAUUAGUGGUGACACAUCAGGCGCAAUUUUUAUAUGGAAACUAUGA